AUGGAGAUCAAGAACGACCGUAAGACGGGAAUGGUGACUGUACAACAAACCAAGUUUCUCAAGUCCGUGUUAACCAAGUUCGGAAUGGAUAACAGCAAGCCAGUGAAGACGCCUCAAGAUCCCGGCCUGAAGCUAACCAAGAACAUGUGUGAACAAGAAUGCAAGCACGAAGACACCAUGUGCAACGUGCCAUAUCGAAGUGCUGUCGGAGGCAUCAUGUAUCUCAUGGUCGCCACACGUCCGGAUCUAGCUGCUGCAGUGGGAUCAUUAUCCCAGUUCUCGUCCGACCCAUGCCCGACUCACUGGCAAGCUUUGAAGCGUGUGCUGAGAUACCUGCAAGCAACGCCCAAUCAUGGUCUUGAGUUUACACGUGAAGAAGGAAGCCGUAUCUGCGGGUACACCGACGCAGACUGGGCCGGCGACAUUGAGUCAAGACGAAGUACAAGCGGCUAUGUGUUCAUGAUGAGCGGAGGAUGCAUCAGCUGGAAAAGCCAGAAACAACGGACGGUCGCGCUAUCUUCAACAGAAGCAGAAUACAUGGCGCUUUCCGAAGCAACCAAAGAAGCAGUAUGGCUCAAAGUGCUUUUGGGGAACUUGGUGAGAUGA